UUUUUUUUUUUUUUUUAAUUUUAUUUCUCUGCGAUGAGUUUGCCACCGAAAGUGGUCCCGAAACCCGCCGCUGUCGCAGUUAGCGGACCUGGAAGUGGCCCCUCUCCGUCGAGCCAACUGCGGGCUACCCUGACCUCCGUGUCUCUGCCGCCGGGAGCCCCGACAGCUCCUCAGCCCGGCGCUGUACCGCCUCAAAUCCCACGGGUUCAGCCACUGGACGAGCGAAUCUUCCCCACACAGCCUGGAGUCGCUGCAGUCUACAGCGUACCCAGGCAUGCUGGCUCUACUUACACUGCUCACGACAUCACAAAGGGACACCCUAGCUUGGCGGGCACCCCGCCAGGUCAUGCCCACUCCCCGGCGCUCUCUCAGGUAUCAGUACCCACAGCUUCCCCAUAUCGCUACCCUAAGGGCUGGGAGGCAGGCGGAGGGUCUCCAUACAACCCUGGACAAAAUGCUGGUUCUGCACCUUUAGUGUAUUCUCCCCAGACACAGCCAAUGAAUGCACAGCCACAAAGUCGCCCGUUUGCUACGGGCCCUCGACCAACCCACCAUCAGUUUUUCCAGAGGACCCAGAUGCAGACUGCGAGGCCCAAUAUCCCUACGAACACGCCCUCCAUACGACCUGGCUCACAGACUCCCACAGCGGCUGUCUACCCCACUAACCAACCAAUCAUGAUGACCAUGGCACCCAUGCCUUUCCCGACCCCACAGACUGCACAGUACUACAUCCCACAGUAUCGCCACAGUACGCCCUACGUGGGACCUCCUCAGCAGUAUUCUGUACAGCCUCCAGGGUCUGGCACCUUCUAUCCUGGUCCAGGGCCAGGGGAGUACCCUGCCCCAUAUCAUCCCCUCAGGUACCACCCACCUGUCUCACCCUCUGUUCCUGCUCCCGUUCCCACAGCUGGCCCAACCUACUACCCAGGACAGACUGUGUACCCCCCCUCGACCCCCAUCAUAGUGCCUACACCACAGCAACCUCCACCAGCCAAGCGUGAGAAGAAAACAAUCCGUAUCCGUGACCCCAAUCAGGGUGGCAGGGAUAUCACAGAGGAGAUCAUGGCAGGGGGUUCAGGGAGCAGGAAUUCAACACCUCCUGUCGGUCGCCCCUCCUCUACCCCUACACCCCCACAGCAGCUGAGCAGCAGCCAGACUCCAGAGCAGCCGCAGCAGCAACACCAACAGCAGCAACAGCAACAGCAGCCGCAGCCUCCUCAGCCACAGCAGGCCCAUCCUGGAGGCUACACGCUGGAGCCCCUGCAGCCACCGCAGCCACCACAACCCCAACAGCCACAGCAGCCGUUGACAACUGGGGUUUCAGACACCAAACCAGGGCCAGAUGAUACGCCAAAACUAGAGCCAAUUGUCCAGAAGUCUUCCUCGCCUGGGCUUGUGCAGCCUGAAGCCCCUGUGGAGAGACUCGAGGCCAGUGCUCCUGUAACCGAGGCCCCUUCUACAGUCGAACCAGAGCUUCCCUUCUCUGCCCCAGUGGCCGCCCCCGCCACACUCCCAGUUUCAGUGGCCAACAAAAGUGAAGGUCCCUCAGCCAGGGAGUCCAGUGCUUCAGCCUCUUCUCCAUCCCCCUCAGCUGGGGAGUACAAACCCUCUUUGGCGCCACCUCAGACUCCCAACACAGACAAGCCUCUUUCAGAUGCCCCGCGGACUCUGGCUGCCUCGCCGGCGCCGGCUCCCAAGGCUUUGAACGGCCUUGCAGACUCUGGGACUGAGCUGGACGCCCCGGCUCAUGAGCCCUCUCUUCUGUCCCCAGCUGCACUCCAGCCCCAGGCCUCUGCUCCUGCUUACAGAGAGGCCUCCUCCUCUGAAACAUUGCCCUCUGACGUGAGGCCAGAGGUGCCCAUUGCUGCUGCGCUCACCCCCAUGGCACCUGUGGCCGUGGUGCCCGUCACCCUGACGUCAAGCCCAGCUCCUGUUUUGCCAGCUACGCUCCCCCCCGGCCUUCCGCCUCUAGUGCAGGCCACAACAGAGGCCGACGAGCCGAGCAAGCCCUUAGACACUAAAGACCUCGUUCCCAGAGUAGGGACAGAGGCACACGGAGGCAUUACUGACAGCAAAACAGAGUCCCAGCAACAAGCGCUCACCAGGAGGAGUCCCACUACAGUUAAUCAGACUGCUUCUGCUAUACCAAAGACCUGGAGGAAACCAAAUGAAGGGAUCUCUGCUGGCGACGCACCUCAAAAGGAGGAUGAGGACGAGCCCAGUACAGUGGAUCAACCUGCUGGAGACCAGGCCCCGCAGUCAGCUCCUCUGAGCAGCAGCCCGGUGCCCCUACCGCCGGCGUUUACCUCCACCCCUGCUCCAGCUCCUGCCAGCAGCCCCGAGGCUGACGGAAAGCCCGCCGCGCCAGAGGAGAACGGCGAGGCCGAGAUGGAGCCCAUGAGGAACGGCGCAGGCCACACGUCGGAGACGGAGAGCAGCGACAGUGGAGCCACCGCCGGAGACAAGGAGAACUCCACAGGAGCUCCACAGGACAUGGAAGACUUGGCCGACUCCAGUGGGAAGCGUCAGUAUGACAGGGACUUCCUGUUGGGCUUCCAGUUCAUGCCCGCCUGCAUACAGAAGCCUGAGGGGCUCCCACCCAUUAGUGAUGUGGUGUUAGACAAGAUGAACCAAAACAAGUUGCCAUCUCGAGUGGUGGAUUCCAGGGCGAUCUCCAGAGGGCCCGAUUUCACACCUGCCUUCGCUGAUUUUGGCAGGCAGAUGACCGGAGGACGAGGCGCUGCGCUUAUGAACAUUGGGGCGCGGCGGCCUCCACCCAGGAAGAUCAUCAUGAACGUGUCGGUGAAUGAUGAUGUUCAGCUGAAAAAAUCAGAGAAUGCCUGGAAACCUGGCUUGAAGAGGGAAAGCCCUGCAGAUGAUCCCGAGAUUCAAAAAACACAGGAGCUCUUCAGGAAGGUACGCAGCAUCCUGAACAAGCUCACGCCUCAGAAGUUCAACCAGCUGAUGAAGCAGGUGACGGACCUGACCAUCGACACCGAAGAGAGGCUCAAAGGGGUCAUCGACCUGGUCUUCGAGAAGGCCAUCGACGAGCCCAGCUUCUCCGUGGCCUACGGAAACAUGUGCCGCUGCCUCGCCACGCUCAGAGUGCCCAUGACAGACAAACCCAACACCACAGUGAACUUUCGCAAGCUGCUGCUAAACCGCUGCCAGAAGGAGUUCGAGAAAGACAAGGUGGACGAUGUGGUGUUCGAGAGAAGGCAGAAAGAGCUGGACUCUGCUGCGUCGGCCACGGAGCGUGAGCGGCUUCAGGAAGAGCUGGAGGAGGCCAAGGACAAGGCCCGGCGGCGUUCCAUCGGCAACAUCAAGUUCAUCGGCGAGCUCUUCAAGCUCAAGAUGUUAACAGAGGCCAUCAUGCACGACUGUGUUGUUAAGCUGCUGAAAAAUCACGACCAGGAGUCGUUGGAGUGCCUGUGCAGGCUGCUCACCACCAUCGGCAAGGACCUCGACUUUGAGAAGGCCAAGCACAACUGGGUGUCCAGGAGAGCCGACCAGGGCCCGAAAACCAUCGAGCAGAUCCACAAGGAGGCGAAGAUUGAAGAGCAGGAGGAGCAGAGAAAAGUGCACCAGCAACUGCUCUCAAAGGACAGCAAGAGACGGCCAGAUUCGAGAGAUUCGAGAGAUCAGAGAGAUCAAAGAGAUCAGAGAGAUCAGCGCGGGCAGAGAGAAGAGACCUGGAACACUGUGCCCAUGACAAAGAACAGCAGGACCAUCGACCCCACCAAGAUCCCAAAGAUCUCCAAGCCUCAAAUGGAUGAGAAGAUCCAGCUGGGGCCCCGUGCUCAAGUCACGUGGGUGAAGGGCAGCAGUGGAGGAGCCAAAGCCAGUGACUCAGAACUAUCUCGGACAGCUGGCCUCAAUCGUUACUCUGCGCUGCAGUCUACGCCGCCACCCCAGCCCUCCACCACUCCUCCACAGAACCCAGACUUUGACUCCAGGAGAACUUUGGGAAGUCGUAGCAGCACCGGGAGGGAACGCAGCGAGAAGCCGCUGAUCUCUGCACCUCCGUCGUCACGGCCCGGGCCGUUCAUCAGGGGAGGCAGUUCCAAGGAGCUGCUGGAGAGUCAAACCCCCGAUGAGCCUCGGAGAGAGCGAGAGCGAGAGGCGGCCGAGCCCCGGAGACCGAGUGUCACCGAGGACAAAACAGAGGCAGAGCGCAGCAGAGUCAGGGAGCCUGUGAAAUCUGAGCCAGUGGUCCAGACCCCGGACAGACCUGCUCUGUCUGAGGAGGAGAUUGAGAGGAAGUCCAAGUCCAUCAUCGACGAGUUCCUGCACAUAAAUGACUACAAGGAGGCCAUCCAGUGCGUGGACGAGCUCGACUUGGGCUCUCAGCUCAACGUCUUUGUGCGCGUCGGGGUGGAGUCGACUCUGGAGCGCAGUCAGAUAACUCGGGACCACAUGGGCCAGCUCCUCUUCCAGCUGGUGCAGCAGGGACUCCUGCCCAAACCCCAGUUCUACAAAGGGUUUGCAGACACGCUGGAGCAAGCGGAUGACAUGGCCAUCGACAUUCCCCACAUCUGGCUGUACCUGGCCGAGCUGCUCAGCCCUGUGCUGAGGGAAGGGGGCUUCUCUAUGAGAGAGCUCUUUAGUGAAUUAAGCAAACCUUUGCUUCCUGUGGGAAGAGCCGGGAUCUUAAUUUCUGAAAUACUGCACAUACUAUGCAAACAAAUGAGCCAUAGGACUGUAGGUUCUUUGUGGAGGGAAUCUGGCCUCAACUGGACCGACUUCCUACCAGCGGGAGAGGACGUCCAGGCUUUCAUCUCACAACAGAAACUCCAGUUCGUUCUGUCGGACGGCUCCAGCCCUGAGGCGGCUCUGUCUAAAAAGAUCUUGUCUCCCGAGGAGCUGAGCCAGCAGCUGGAGAGACUUCUCCUGGAGGACAUGGCCAGCGACGAGCAGAUCUUUGACUGGGUAGAGGCAAACCUAGAUGAAUCUCAGAUGAGCUCGUCUCCCUUCCUGAGGGCUUUGAUGACAGCUGUGUGUAAGGCAGCAGUGAAAGAUGAUAACACCAACUGUCGAGUGGACACGGCCAUCAUCCAGAGGAGAUUGCCUGUAUUACUCAAGUACCUUAACUCAGACACUGAGCGACAGCUGCAAGCACUUUAUGCACUUCAGGCGCUGAUCGUUGCCCUCGAUCAGCCUCCAAACCUUCUCCGGAUGUUCUUUGACUGUCUGUAUGACGAGGACGUCAUCUCGGAGGACGCUUUCUACAAGUGGGAGACGAGCAAAGACCCUGCCGAGCAGCAUGGUAAGGGUGUGGCCCUCAAGUCCGUCACGGCCUUCUUCACCUGGCUGCGGGAGGCGGAGGAGGAGUCGGAAGAUAAUUGACGAGGGAGGCACCGAGGGGACAGGACGUAGUAGAACUGCAUCCUUACAGCAGAACAAACAAACAAACAAACAUUCGAAAUGGGUGUAUGGGCAGGACGACAUGUUUACGGCUGGAAUUUUUUUCUGCGGUACGGUUCUGAAACAUGCCGCCCUUUUGAGUUUGGAUUCCAACGGCGGAAGCACUAAAUACCUGUAUUAUACAUAGAAAAUAUUUUUGUUUUAAAUUUUAACUUACUUUUUCUUUUUGUUACUUUUUAAGAAGAGACUUAAAAGAUACAUAGGUUCUGGACUCUUUAAUUUAUUAUUUUUUUAAGGACUGCAAAUAUAAAAGUUAUUUAACAUUUGCAGAUGCUCAUAAAAUGAGAACAUGACAACAGAAAUAACAAUAUAAUUAAUUAUAAUAACAAAAUAAUAAUUGUGAAAUAAAUAGCCUCCCUGGAUUCCGUACUGUUUGGUUUAAAACAGGGUAAAACAAGAUUAUUUUGGGAUGAAGGGGAAGCACAGAUUUAAAAUGUGGGGAGGAAAAAAAAAAGGAGUGGAUGCACAGAAGCUAUUAACGUUGUCCACGUAUGACGUUUUGAGGUCAAAGGUUAUCUCAUAAUAACCGGGGAAGUGUUUUCCCCAGCCUUGGCUUGCUCUACGUUGAUAUGUACAUACGCCUCGUUGAGAGGUGAGAGGUAUGCAUUCAAGAAGCGAUGCAAGUCAGUCCACAGAAACUGUCAAAACAAAACGCAGACGAACAAACCUGGAAAACAUUCAAGUGAAAAUGAGCAAAAAAUGCAACUUUAAAAAGCAAAUGGCCAGGGUCACUGAUUAUUGAAAUGCUUGUAAUACUUCAGACCUACAGAGCAGAUUAAAGCUUGUAAAUACAUUAAAGACAAAAAAGGUAUUUAAAAAAAAAA